GCAAGGCGCGUGCGCUGUGUGGCGCGAGCGCGCGGAUGGCCGUUUUUUUUCCCUUCCUCGUCACGCACGGAGGCGGCCGGGGAGCGCUCUUGACUGGGCAGGUGAAAAGCAAAGUGGGGCGCCCCUCCCCUUCCGUUUUUCUGGGGUCUUGGGGUUCAGCCUUAAGUUGGUUGCGACACCUCUGUUAGCUCUGGAGAUCGAGGGACAGCCCUCCGCAAGCUUCCCGGAGCAACUGAAAUGAAGUGAGAGAAGAGGAUCCCCUUCGUGGGCACCGCUGAGCCUGCUUAGCAAUGAUUUUCAGCUGGGAUGCGAGUUCCACUAAGCUAGAAAUACAGCUGACUGAAUGACAGACGCAGAUUGUAAUCCGACUUCUGAAGUAUAAGUGGUAUCUGCAAAGAAUCUCCCUUUCUCAUUAAGGAAGAAUACUACAGCAGGAAUUUGCAGUUUAUUAACUCCAAGUCUUAAUAACAUAUUGGGACACUGUUAUGAGAACAUCUUUUCAUACCCUGGUGAUUGUCCUAUAUGUUGUAUAGUUGCUAAUAUAUUCAUUCAGAAUGUGAAUUGAUGGAAGAAGAUGUUUUGUUAAACAUGUGUGAAGGUAAUUCGUUUCAUGUUCGUUACAGGAUCAUGCUGCAGCUAUGUAAGGCAACAUAGAGAAGUUCACAAAAGAAGUUGGAGUCCCUUUGCACCUUCUAUUUGAUCACAUGUUUUCGUUAAAUCCAAAGCUGAUCCAAGGAAAAGAUGCUGUUUUUAAGAAGUGCAGACUUGUACUACAUUUAUGUCUUCAAACCCAAAGCACUGCAGAGAAUGGAAGCAUCAUGCCUGGAGCUUGCCUUGGAAGGGGAACGCUUAUGUAAAGCAGGGGAUUGUCGAGCUGGGGUAUCUUUCUUUGAAGCUGCAGUUCAGGUUGGAACUGAAGACUUAAAAACACUCAGUGCUAUUUAUAGCCAGUUGGGCAAUGCCUAUUUCUACUUGCAUGAAUACGCAAAAGCUUUGGAAUAUCAUCACCAUGAUUUAACUCUUGCAAGAACAAUUGGGGAUCAGCUAGGAGAAGCUAAAGCUAGUGGCAACUUGGGAAAUACCUUAAAGGUCCUUGGGAAUUUUGAAGAAGCAAUUGUCUGCUGUCAGAGGCACCUUGAUAUUUCAAGAGAUUUAAAUGAUAAGGUGGGAGAAGCAAGAGCUCUGUAUAAUCUUGGAAAUGUAUAUCACUCCAAGGGUAAAAGUGUUGCCUGUGCAGGUACCCAUGAUCCAGGGGAAUUUCCAGAUGAUGUUAAGACUGCAUUGCGGAAAGCUGCAGAUUAUUACGAGGAAAACUUGACAAUCGUAACAGACCUGGGGGAUAGAGCUGCCCAAGGACGUGCCUAUGGAAACUUGGGGAAUACGCAUUAUCUUCUGGGCAACUUCCGAAGUGCUGUUACUGCCCAUGAACAGCGCCUUCUAAUUGCAAAAGAAUUUGGUGAUAGAGCUGCAGAAAGAAGAGCCUACAGUAAUCUUGGAAAUGCCUAUAUUUUCCUUGGAGAGUUUGAAACUGCUGCUGAAUAUUACAAGAAGACACUGCAGCUUGCAAGGCAACUUAAAGAUAGGGCUGUGGAAGCACAGGCAUGUUACAGCCUUGGAAAUACAUAUACCUUACUUCAGGACUAUGAGAAGGCCAUAGAUUAUCAUCUGAAACACUUAGCAAUUGCUGAAGAACUAAAUGAUAGAAUUGGUGAAGGAAGAGCAUGCUGGAGUUUAGGGAAUGCAUGCACAGCUUUGGGGAACCAUGAUCAAGCUAUGCAUUAUGCAGAAAAACAUUUAGAUAUUUCAAGAGAGGUUGGAGAUAAGACUGGAGAAUUAACAGCUAAACUUAAUCUCUCAGAUCUUCAAAUGGUACUUGGUCUUAGUUUCAGCACAAACAACUCAAUGAUGACUGAAAAUCAGAUUCCAGAUUAUAACUUAAAUGGCACUAGACAGAGAAUAGGACGUCGCCAUAGUAUGGAAAAGAUGGAACUUAUGAAACUAACACCUGAGAAGGUUCAGGAUUGGAACAGUGAAAUUCUAGCCAAACAGAAACAAUUAGUUCCCAAACCUUCAGCAAAACUACACUUUGUAAAUCGAUUAAAAGGCAAAAAAUACAAAAAUAUUACUUCUUCUAAAGUUCUCCAGGAUGCUAGUAAUUCUAUUGACCAUCGACUAAAUUCACAGAAGAAAAGCAGCUUAGAUGUCCCUGGAGAUGAAGGAUUUUUUGACUUGUUGAGCCGAUUUCAGAGCAACCGUAUGGAUGAUCAACGAUAUUGUUUCCAGGAAAGGAAUAGACUGACAGUGACAGCUUCUUCCACACCAUCCAGAAUUAUGAAAAAAUCCUUUUCUGCUUCGAUGCUCUCUCCCCAUACAGAUGAAUUUUUAGAUAUGCUUGCUAGUUCUCAGAGUAGACGUUUAGAUGAUCAGCGAGCCAGUGCCAGCAAUUUACCUGGACUUCGUCUGAAUCAGCAUAAUAGCCAAUCAGUCCUUGGUCACCUGAUGGCCAGCAGCAACAGUGAACCAGAUGAUGACUUCUUUGAUAUAUUAAUAAAAUGCCAGGGCUCUAGAUUAGAUGACCAGAGAUGUGAACCACCACCAAACAUUCCAAAAGGGCCAACUGUUCCUGAUGAAGAUUUCUUCAGCCUUAUUUUGAGAUCGCAGGGGAAGAGAAUGGAUGAACAGAGAGUCUUUCCACCCUCUAGUUUGAAGAGGCCAAAUUCUACCUAAUGGACUUAAGAUCAUGCGAAAGAACAAGGGAUGAUUAUGUAAUGCUGUAGCAGAUAGUUUACAUAUAAUGCCUUCAGGGGAAAAAUAUACAUUGAAAAUGUUCAGAGUUACUUAUGUACAUUUACAUAGGAUACGGUACAGUUAUUACUACCACUGCUUAAAAUCAGAUAUUGAGUACUGGUUGUAGAAAGUCAGCUGUAUAGUGUUUUGCUUCCAUACUGUCUUUCUUUCUUUUCGUCUCUCUUUCUGUAGAUAUACUGUUUUCCUUUAUUAAUGGUGACUAUGCUUAAGGUACUUUUGUUAUAAGCUUAGGACAAAUUUUCCUGCUAAAAUAUGUAAACUGUAGAAAUCAAGUUGUUUUUCUAACUUUUACAUAUUACAGAAGGUUUUAAAAUGAACAGUAUUAUAGUGGUUUUUAAAAAAAACAAACAAGAAUAAAUCUUUUAAUACUGUUGUAUUUUUUU